AUGAGCCAUCCACAGUCAGUUAAGGACUGGGUCCAAAUUUCCGUCCUUGGUUCAGGAUCUUUUGGAACUGUUAUGCUAUGGAGAAAUAUAGUAACAGGAGACUUCACAGCCAUAAAAAUGUGCAAAUUUCAAAUGCCAGACAGCUUAUCCAAGAAGCAAAAAGAGAGAUGGCAAAUGGAAGUUGAUUUUCUACAAAGCACCAACCAUAAAAAUGUAAUUGGCUUCAAACGUCUGGAUACUGUGUUGGCGGAAAUGCUUGACAAAUUUAAUCCUACUAGGUUGCCUUUGCUUUCCAUGGAAUAUUGUACAAAAGGAAACCUAAGAAGAUACCUCACAAAUGAACCGAUAAAAUUAUGUGGCCUACAAGAAACUGAUAUCCGAUAUAUUUUAGAAGAUAUUUCAUCGGGCCUAGAUUAUCUUCACAAAAGAAACAUCACACAUCGCGAUAUUAAACCUGAUAAUAUUGUUUUGCAACAUUGUAAUAAUCGCAGAGGUCAAACGGUUUAUAAAAUCAUAGAUUUGGGCUAUGCGAAAGAGCUAAAUGACAAUACUCUUAGUUUUGUUGGAACUUUACAUUACUUAGCUCCUGAAAUUUUUGAAAAAAAAACCUAUGAUCGCAGAGUAGAUUAUUGGUCAAUGGGUGUAAUGGUUUUUGAAAUCACUUGUGGAUCACUACCAUUUUUACCAGAGCUCAAUCCAUUUGAGCGAUUUGCAAGAAUUAAAGAUAAACCAGCAGAGGCUAUUUGGAUUUAUUUUUUAAAAUCUGGGUCAAUUAUGUCUUCCAAUACAAUCAAAAAAGAAACUUUUGUUACAAAAUGUUUUAAGGAAUACAUUGAAUCUUGGCUAAGGGGGGUUUUGCAAAUCGACCCAGGGAAUAGAGGCUUUACUGAUCAUUUGAGUCCAUUUGAUUAUUUGAGGUUUAUUUUGGAUCGAAAAGUUAUAAAGGUAUUCUCAGUAUACAAACAAGAAUAUUAUUCCUACGAAAUCAAUGACAGUACUUGUUUUGGUACUCUUAAAGAUUGGGUUUCUAGAGACAUUGGAAUACCUAAAACUGAUUUGCUUUUUCUUUUUCGAACUCAGGAUGCUUUUCCAGAAAGCAACAAAGUUUGGCACUUUAAUGAAGAUAAUACAUUAUUGGCAAAUUUAUUCGAUAAUAAUAAUAAUAAUAAGGAAGUUAUUCUUUAUGUGUACAAAAGGGAUUUCCUAUUUUGUCGAGGAUCUCCCAAAUCAAAGAUUCCAAAUUUGGUAAAGGAAUUAUUUAAUUACAAGGCAAAUUUUCACCAAAGAACUGUGAGAUUUGUUUAUAGACAAGCCUUGUUUUAUGUUUAUAACAAAAUGUACACUACAAUUGGAUUAAAACAUGCUUUCUUGUGUUUGAAUGAAGUUAUAAAAGAUCUUUUUGAUGAAACUAAAAAAAGAUAUAUCAAAGCUACAAUUGAUUAUGGACAAAUUUUCGCCAAAUUAGAUCAGCUUUCAGAUAAAAGUACAAACGAUCGAAUUAAUUAUGAAUUGGAAUUGGGACAGGAAUGGCGCGAGUGUCUCAAAUAUUUGGAAAUAUUAUUCUCCCAUGUGGACAAGCUAUCGCCAAAGUUGAAGGAUUUUCGAAAACAAUUUAAAAUAUUCGAAAUGAUACAAAAGACUGAUAGAAGCCCACAGAAAAUUGCAGAAAUAUUUCAAAAGUGGGAUGUACAACCGUGGUUUGAUAGAAUAAAUGGCAUUGGAUUUCUGGAAAAGACAAUAAACGAAGAACCUCCAAAUUUAAUACAGUUGAGACCAAUCAGGGACAUAGUUUCAGAAGCUAUAAAAAUGGAAUAUAAAUUACUUGUUGAAGAAGAUAAAUUGAAGGGUUAUUUCAAAGAUGUUUGUAAAAUUAUAAAAUGGUCCCAGGAUUUGUUUCUCUGGGCAGAUAACUUUGUUGCUAACAUUCAUAAACUAAUAACUUAUGUUGAUGCUGUGCAAAAUAAAUAUGACCAAAUUAUAAGGGAGGCUAUGAAAAAUGCAAAACUUGAAUUUCCUGUCUUACACAAUACCAAUGAAAUUAUCCAUGAAAAUGAAAUAUUACGUUGCAAAUUUGCUGAUCUUUUAGCUGAACAAAUGACUUCUCAUAAAAAUUUCGUGGAUGAAUCAGGAUCUUAUUUUGAAGAUUUGAAGUAA